UAAGGUAAGAUACCUUGUUAUUUCAAAGCUUUUAUAAAAUCUAUAUGUAAUUUUUGCUUCUUUUUUGAUAAUUUAAACGGUGUUUGUUUGUUUAAAUAUCCUUUUUAUUAGUUUUAAAUUUUUUUUCCUUAAUUAAGAUUUGUGUCAUAAAGUUUUCCCCAGUAACAUGGUUGGAUUCCCCUCUCUGCAGCCUUUUUUAAAAAAAUUAUUUUCACCAAAAGAUUCUGUUUAAUGUACAGAAAAAAUAUGCAAGAUUAUUUUCACACUGGAAACAGAUGGUUUGAUAGAUGUGUUAUUAGUCUUUGCCUAGAUAGAACUGAAUCUGCACUUCUAGGAAUAAUUGAAAACUUAUGUUCAUUUUCGUGUUGUAGUUUUUUUUGGAAAAGAAAUUAAGUUGAGAAUAAUAGUUUGUUUGACCAAACUUUUAAAAUUAUCUUAUUUUUUAAAAAUACUUUUGAAAGUUUUUUCUAUAGAAGUACUUUUGGUGAGAAAUUGUUUGCGUUUGACAAUUCAAAUUAAAAAGUUUGGUCAAACAUGUCAUAAAAUAAGUCUUAACAUAAUAGUCACCACUCAGUAUAUUUUACUGCAAUAGACUAAUAGCUAGAAACGUACCCACCACUCAGUAAUUAAGAACAACUUUGACAUCCACCUUCCCCUAUGAAUUCAUGAUAUUCUAGAGAAAUAUUAUCACACUUUUUAAAAAAUUGAUAUAUGAACUGACAAAGAGCGUAAAGGCGAAUUCAGAAUCUAGAGUCGAUGGAUUUUGGAUGUAUGUGACCUUAUUAUAUGUAUAUCAUUCAAACUAUUGUUGUAUAAUAUAUACAUAGUUCGAGCCAAAAGACCACUAAUUUUGCAUGCUACAACAGAAGUGACAUUGAAGUGUUGCAAGAGCAUCAGAGAAUGGACGAAAAGCCUAUGAAAUUAUGGAAGAAAGCAAUGUAUUUUCCUUAUAGGACACAAAUAGGAAAGAAAUGGAUGGAUGAAUUUAAGAAAGUAUGGCGCAUAGCUGGACCAACUAUUAUAACUUCAGUGUCUGUAUUCUCAUUGGACGUUAUCACUGCUGCUUUUGCUGGUCAACUUGGCGAUCUUGAGCUUGCCGCGGUUUCUGAAGUUCAAAAUGUUCUACUGGGCUUUGUAACCGGAAUAAUGUUAGGAUUAGGAAGUGCACUCGAGACGCUUUGUGGUCAAGCAGUUGGUGCUGGAGAAUUCAACAUGCUUGGAAUAUACUUGCAAAGAUCAUGGAUUAUUAGUCUGGUGGCAGCAUUGCUCUUAACACCGACUUUUGUUUUCGCAUCUGAUAUACUGAAGCUCCUACGUCAAGAUCCAAAAAUAUCUGAUGUAGCUGGUAAAUUUGCAAUUUGGAUAAUUCCUGAAAUAUUUGCAAGUGCACUGAACUAUCCCGCGGAGAAGUUUCUUCAAGCUCAGAGCAAAGUUUGGUUCAUGGCGUUUGCUUCAAUGUUGACAUUGGCAAUUCAUGUGCUGUUGAAUUGGAUUUUCGUGUCAAAGUUGAGUAUGGGACUUGUUGGUGCUGCGAUAGCCGGGAAUAUGUCUUUCUGGAUUUUAGUUGUGGCUAAGGUUAUUUACAUUGCCUGUGGUUGGUUUCCUGAGGCAUGGACUGGUUUUUCAUAUUUGGCUUUCAAGUCGUUAACCAAAUUCUUGAAGCUCUCAGUUUCCUCAGCGGUAAUGUUAUGUUUAGAGAUAUGGUACUAUACAGCGGCGAUCUUAAUUGUAGGAGGCUUGAAGGAUGCUGCAGUUGCUGUUGACUCAUUAUCAAUCUGCAUAAAUUUGCAAGUAUGGGCACUCAUGUUUACCCUUGGUUUCACUAUAUCAGCCAGUGUGAGAGUUGCAAAUGAACUGGGGGCAGGAAAUCCAAAAGGUGCAAAACUCACAAUUGGAGUCCAUGUCUUGAUAUCAGCAAUAGUUGGAGCAGUUUUUGCAGUUAUCAUAUUGGCCACAAAAAAACAGUUUCCAAGAAUGUUCUCAAAAGAGCAAAAUGUUAUAAGUGAGACAUCCAAGUUGGGUUAUGUUCUUGCAUUAACCAUCUUCAUUACCAGCAUCCAAACUGUUGUCCAUGGGGUAGCUAUUGGUGCAGGGUGGCAGUUUCUAGUAGCCUUUGUAAACUUUGGAUGUUAUUAUGUUUUUGGUCUGCCAUUUGGAGCACUUCUUGGUUACAAGUUUAAUCUUGGUGUACAAGGGAUAUGGUAUGCAAUGCUUGGUGGCAGCUUUCUUCAAACCAUCAUAGUAUUUGUUAUUAUUGGUAGAACCAAUUGGAACAAAGAGGCACUUCAAGCUGAGACGAGGGUGAGGACAUGGGGUGGAACAGUGGAGAAUCAACAAGACUCAUGAUGGCGUGGCAUUUUAA